GAGGAGAAGCAGCAGCAGGAGAGGAGAGAGGGAGUAGCAGGAGAGAGGGAGUAGCAGGCAGGAGAAACAGCAGGAGAGGAGCAGCAGCAACAGACGGGCAUCUUGGAGACGAGAGAAGGAGCAGCAAGCCGGGAGGAGCAGCGGGAGACCGAAGGAGCAGCGGGAGACCGAAGGAGCAGCGGCAGCUUGGAGGAGCAGGGGCACGAGAAGCAUCAUCCAAGAGCAGCAGCAGGCGAGGAGCAAGCGGCAGCCAGGAGGAGCAGCAGCAGCAGCCAGGGAACGAGGAGCGGACAUGCUGUUCAGGCUGUACGCGAGGGCCCUCUGGCCCCGCGGCGUGGCAGUGGCGGCAGCAAGGCCAUCGCAGAGGAGGAGCGCGACACAGGAUGUGACACAGGUCAAGGUUCUUCCCGGACCAGAUGAACUCCGGCCGCUCUACAUGGACGUGCAGGCCACGACCCCCAUGGACCCGCGUGUGGUGGACGCCAUGAUGCCGCACAUGCUCGGCAACUACGGCAACCCGCACUCGCGCACGCACGCCUACGGCUGGGAGAGCGAGGCGGCCGUCGAGAAAGCACGGCAGCAAGUUGCGACGCUGAUCGGAGCCGAUCCUCGCGAGGUCAUAUUCACCAGCGGAGCCACCGAGUCCAACAACAUCGCCGUGAAGGGAGUGGCGCGGUUCUACAAGCAGCGCAAGCGGCAUGUGUUGACGACACAGACGGAGCACAAGUGUGUGCUGGACUCGUGUCGCGCACUCGAGGCCGAGGGCUUCGAGGUGACCUACCUCCCCGUGCAGAGCAACGGCCUCGUCGACAUGAAGGAACUGGAGGCGGCGCUGCGCCCGGACACGUGCCUGGUGUCUGUGAUGGCCGUGAACAACGAGAUCGGUGUGAAGCAACCUAUCAGGGAAAUUGGAGAGCUGUGUCGCCAGCACAAGGUGUUCUUCCACACGGACGCAGCACAGGCCAUCGGCAAGAUCCCCAUCGACGUCAACGACAUGAAGAUCGAUCUCAUGUCCAUCAGCGGACACAAGAUCUACGGUCCCAAAGGCGUUGGGGCCAUCUAUGUGCGGCGGCGCCCGCGUGUACGCGUCGAGUCGCUGCAGAGCGGUGGGGGCCAGGAGCGGGGGCUGCGCUCGGGCACCGUGCCCACGCCACUCGUCGUGGGGCUCGGGGCGGCGUGCGACGUCGCGCUGUACGAGAUGGAGUACGACAACAAGCGAAUCGAGGCUCUGUCUCAUCGGCUCGUCCAGAGGCUAAUGAGUGAGCUCAAGGACGUCAUCAUGAACGGGGACGCUGAGCAGAGGUACCACGGUUGUAUUAAUCUGUCGUUUGCGUACGUGGAGGGUGAAUCUCUUCUCAUGGCUCUGAAGGAUGUAGCUUUGUCCUCGGGAAGCGCUUGCACGUCCGCGUCGCUCGAGCCCUCCUACGUGCUGCGAGCCAUCGGCACUGACGAGGACUUGGCUCACUCCUCCAUCAGGUUCGGCAUCGGGCGAUUCACCACGAAGGAGGAAGUGGACUAUACGGUGGAGAAGUGCAUUCAUCACGUUCACCGUCUGCGCGAGAUGAGCCCCCUGUGGGAGAUGGUGCAAGACGGCAUCGACCUCAAGAGCAUCCAGUGGACCCAGCACUGAGUGCAUGUCCCCUGGUCACCCCCGCUGGUCACCCCCUCCGCAUUCCCUGAGUGACACCCAUUGGGGGGGGGGGACAUCAUCAGUGCCGUGGUUACGGGAGACGCGCACCCGUGGAUAUGCCGCAGGGUUUUCGUCCUGCGCUUGGUGUGGGAAGUUCACGACCGACUUACCCCACGUUGCUCUGCUGUGCGGAUGAGUCAAAGUCUAGGUGUGUCUCCACUCCAUAGGGUGGACCUCGUUCCAUUGUUAACAGCUAUGCGAUAGUUAUAGGGAUUUAAAAAAAAAAUUCCCUGAGUGGGGGCCCAGUCUAUGCAUAGGAUAGCCACUGUUGAUUUAUAACAGUGUCACUAAUUGUUUUGGACUCUAGUGAGAUGAUGGGCCAAGUCAAACCCAGUCUGUUAAGUUGACUGUUCUCUACAAUGCAACCCCCCUCUGAAUAUAAUCCAUAUAUAUACGUUUAGCUGUGAUAUUCGGCUGCAGAAAACACUGGUUUUCUGUAAAAUUUAAAAGUUAGUCACCCAACCAGCUUCGUUGCAUGCUUGGCCUUUAAACCCUUAGUAUUGGUUGUGCCAGGGACUGGUCACAACCACUGUGCAUCUCAAUUAUCAUCAUGGCUUUGAUAUGCGGCAUGUUGCUUCUCGAUAGACUGAAGUUGAAUUUUGUCAAAGAAUGAAAGGGGAAGCCAAGUCAAAAAAAAAAAUACUCUUUGCAGGAGUGAGCCUUUGAAGGCUUAGAGUCGGACAUUUUCCCAUGAGAUAGGAUUGCCUUGUGCUGUACAGAGAGAGAGCUGUAUGCUACUCACUGCGCACAGACAAUAGUCAACUUCGCCAAUACGACAAAGGACUUCUUCGUAAGGCUCCCUGGUAAGGUGCGCCACUUACCGGAUUGCUUGGGUUUUGCUGAAAACUGCACCAUGUAACCCGAGUUGAAUGAACGAAAUUUUCGUCACUGCUAAACUCGCUUUCGCCACUUGCGCACAUGUAAGCAUUACAUUUACGGAGCACACUGUUCAUUGGUGCAAACGUAAAAAAUGGAAAAUGGGGAUUAGUGGGGGUGGGAAUCAGUGGUGCCUCCAUGUUUGUUUAAGUGAGACAACAAUACCCAACAAAUGCACUGGGAUGUGUUAUGAAGUGAUGGAUUAGGUGUUGAGGAGAGAUUGGUGGUCAAUCACUGCACUAAGCCAGGCUGGAGCUGGGUUUAGGGGAGCGGGUGAUUGAAUGUAUGUACAUACGUAUGUUGAACUUCUUUCACAUCGUACGUAGCCAGCCGUGCUAAUCUGGCGAAGGACUAAACUAAACACAAAAGGCAGUUCUAAAUAAGCGAGUUUUCAAUUGAAGAUGUGAUACGGGAACGGUGCCCUUGAUGGCGGGAGACUUCGUUCCACUGCAGUGCAGACAUCACCACAUCGCUUGUGGCGCCUCCAUUUGGUACGCGCAAUUCCAAACCUGUAACAGGGCCUUGCAAAAACAUCGGCAAUUGGUUCUCGGUCAUAUAAAAGAUACUCGUGUUCUGUUUGGCAUCAUCGCUUGUUUUACCGUCGUGGAUGAAGUAAAUAACUUAAAAUCUCCCUGAUUAAACAAGCAUCUAGUGCCGUUGAACCAGUGAUGUACAUUCCUCUUGGGGUAGUUCUGUCCAAAAAACAACUUCUUACGGCUUCUCACAAUGUAUUGACCCUGGACUGCAGGGACGAUGGUGAUGUAAGUUAAGUCCUACAUGGACUAUCAACUUUAAUAACCAUGAUCUGCAGGGAUGAUGGUGAUAUAAGUAAAGUCCUACAUGGACUAUCAACUUGCAUCCUUUCCGUUUGCGAGAUGCGUGCCGUGCCAACAGCGUCAUUCAUCCAAAUUGGCCACCAAAGAGCAAUUGGUUAUUUUAUAACAAUGCAUCUUAAAACAACUCGGCACUCCCCAUCAGACCACCUUUCCACGUUUGGCAAUGUUUUUCCGUAAAAAUUCACGAGCACGUCGAUAACAACGUCCUUUUCACUCGCAGAGCUACGCGAGAAGUGCCGGACAGACUUCACGGAAGCCACCGGUGCAUUACUUUAUGCAUUGACGUCUGGGUUUGGAAAGCAGUGCAGCCACGGCUGCCGGCCUCGUGUAAAAUAAACGGAUCACAAUAUUUAUCCUGGAGAAAUCUAUGAGCUAUGAAGCUUAAUUGUCACAGAUGGUCAGUCGGGGUGGAGUGUACGACUUUGCCUCUCAACUUGGUGCUGGUGGUACAGCUGUCUGCAGGGAAUCUCAUUAUUUGGCCAUCGUUGCGCUGCUGUUACAGGAAUGUAUUUGUCGUUUGCUCGUACUUUGUGAAUUUUGAUUCUUUAGCGAAAUGUCAAUGUAUUGACGUUUUUUUUGUGAAUAAAAACAACAGCUUGUAGUCGCUGUG